UUCUCUCUGACCGGUCCCAGUGAGCUAUGCAAUAGACAUCAGCAGCAGCCACAACUUCAGCCCAAUGUUAGCCCCAGCAUGGCCUGUUUUCCUGGGAGUGGGACUGACACUUCUCCCCUGCUCCAGGUCCAGAAGGUGGGCUCCAACAAGGCCCCUGGACUCCUGCCCCCCAUUUACAGCCCCCUCAGUGGCAUGGAGAGCUCCAGCCUCUGCAUCCCCUCUUCCCACACAGGCAGCAGCCAUGAUUACAGCCCUGUAGCCUUCUACAACCACUCUACGCUGGGCUACAGCAGACCAACCAUCUCUGACAGCUACUCUCUGUGUCCCCCACUCAGUCCCCACCACUUCUGGCCCCCCACUGACCACGGCCAGCACAACAUGCCCCUGCUGACCGAGCACUGUUCCCAACCCUUGCUGUACAGCAAUCCCAAACACCACGCCCCCUUUGAAGAGCCUAAACCCCACAACCUCAACCUCACCCCUAGCAGCCCUCUCCUCCACCCUACCAAGCUGCCGGGGGAAAACUUCUGUGCCAUAUGUAAUGAAUACUCUUUGGGCUACCAUUAUAGCGUACAGUCUUGUGAGGGCUGCAAGGCCUUCUUCAAGAGGAGCAUCCAAGGGCACAAGGACUACAUUUGUCCAGGGACUAACCAGUGCACUAUCGACAAGAACCUCCGUAAAAUGUGCCGGUCCUGCCGCCUACGCAAGUGUUAUGAAGUGGGCAUGAAGAAGUGCGGGAUGAGGCCGGAGCGCUACAGUUACAUGGGGGCGAGGCACAGGCGUGUGCCUCAGGGGCGGGGGGCACCAGGCGGGCUGGUGGGGGUCGGUGCCAGGGCCCAGUGGAAUCUGGAGGGGGGCUCCCUCCCCCUGCUGGAGGUGCACCACUCAUCCCUGACCCCUGAACAGCUGAUAUCCUGCAUCAUGGAUGUGGAGCCGCCAGAGAUCUACCUGAUGGAGGACCUAAAGAGGCCUUUCACUGAAGCCAGCAUGAUGAUGUCACUCAUCAAACUGGCCAACAAGGAGCUGUUCCUCAUGAUCAGCUGGGCCAAAAAGAUCCCUGGUGAGACACCUGUUCUGAUGGCACAUCAAUGGGAGCUGUGGCAAGAAGGUUUGCUGUUAGGCCUCAUGGGGACUGGUCUUGAUAAAUCAAUGAGAUGUUUAUUUUCACUGAAUCUCCGUUUUAACAGGGAAGAGGGGAACUGUGUGGAGGGAAUCAUGAUUAUAUUUGACAUGCUACUGGCAGCCACCACUCGGUUUCGAGAGCUGAACCUCCAGAGAGAGGAGUAUGUCUGUCUGAAAGUCAUGAUCCUCCUCAACUCCAACAUAUGCUCUACCUCUCCGGAGAUGGCAGAGGAUCUGGAGAGCAAGGGGAAGCUGCAGCUUCUGUUGGACUCAGUGACAGAUGCCCUGGUGUGGGCCAUCUCCAAACAAGGCCUGUCCUUCCAGCUGCAGUCAACCCGCCUUUCCCACCUCCUCAUGUUGCUCUCAGACAUCUGUCACGUCAGUGGCAAAGGCAUAAACCACCUCUCCGGCAUGAAGAAUAACAAUAUUGUGCAGGUCUCCGACCUGCUCUUGGAAAUGCUCACCAACACAUGCCACAGAAGCCAUAUGUCCGCACCUCUUGACCCCUCUAAUCACGACCUCACCGUGCUCCCAGCAGCCCAAGCCCCUGCCCCUACCCAGGCUUCAGCCUCUGCUGUGGAACCCCCAGUUCCAGCCACAUUCCCUAUAGCCACCAUCCCAAACACUUGAGAGCAGUAAGUAAGCCAAACACUUGAGAGCCGUAAGUAACUCAUGAAGUUGGGUUAGCCACUGAAGACGUAGAAUGUAUAUU